CGCAAAACUCUUGCAGUCAAAAAAACUUUCGCUGACAGGUGUCUCUCACAUAUAUUCACAAAACCCAAACAACAUUUCUAUCUCCACCGAUCGUCCCUGCCCUCUCUCUAAAACCUAAACCCUUGAAAUCGACUCCUUCAAGGAAGACGAAGCACAAACAAACCGUAAGACGAAGCUUGUGAUUGCUGAAAUCGUUUGAAAUCCAGCAUCUUGGUAGAAUGGACUUUUCGUGAGAAAAAAAUAUUUUCACCAUGGAGAUUGAUCUUGAGCUGCCUUCAGGUCAGGAGGAUAAAUUGGACACUAGAUUGGAUACAAAUUUUGGUGGUACAGAUGGACUUCUUGCUGGGGAAGAUGAGAUAAAUUCUCCUAGGACUGGUAGAGAUAUCGAGGGAAACCUAGGACCAAAUAUGGGUGAAAACCUCAGCACAAGUGGGGAGGGAGCAAAUGAGAAUGCUCUUGGAUUGGACGCUUUUGGGAAGCAGGUCAAGAGUUUUGAGCCCCAAAAGGGUUUGGAGUUUGAAUCAAAGGAGGCAGCAUAUUCUUUUUACAGAGAAUAUGCUAGGUCUGUGGGAUUUGGCAUUACAAUAAAAGCAAGUCGCCGGUCCAAGAAAUCAGGAAAAUUCAUUGAUGUAAAAAUAGUUUGUUCUAGAUUUGGUAGUAAACGCGAGUCUAGUACAACUAGUAGUUCCCGAUCAUGUCCCAAGACAGACUGCAAGGCAAGCAUGCAUAUGAAGAGAAGGCAGGAUGGAAAAUGGUUUAUAUAUAGUUUUGUGAAGGAGCAUAACCAUGAAAUUUGUCCUGAUGACUUUUAUCAUACUCUCAGGGGAAGGAGCAAGCAGUCUGAUAUUGUUGCUUGUCAAAAGAAAGGACUGCAGUUGGCUUUAGAUGAGGUAGACGUACAAGUGUUGCUCGAGUAUUUUAUGCUUAUGCAAGAUGAGUUUCCCAAUUUUUUCUACGCUAUAGAUCUGGACCAUGAAAAACGUAUGAGAAAUGUGCUUUGGGUUGAUUCCAUAAGCAGACAUGACUACUGCAAUUUUUAUGAUGCAGUCUUAAUUGAUAGCAGCUAUGUUAGGAACAAAUAUAAAGUCCCCUUUGUUCCUAUUUUUGGGGUGAAUCAUCACUUUCAGUUAAUGUUGCUUGGAUGCGCAUUGAUUGGGGAGGAAACAACGUCAACCUUUGUUUGGUUAAUGCGCACGUGGCUUAGAGCAAUGGGUGGUCAAAUUCCUAAAGUUAUUAUUACUGAUGAAGGAAAAUCACUGGAAGAAGCUAUUACAGAGGUGUUUCCUGAUACACGCCAUUGUUUUUGUUUGUGGCAUGUGUUGAGAAAGAUUCCUGAAAAUCUAAGUCAUAUUGUGAACAGGUCUGAAAAUUUUAUGUUGAAAUUUAACAAAUGCAUUUAUCAAUCUUGGACAAACGAAGAGUUUGAAACGAAAUGGUGGAAAAUGGUUGAUAAAUUUGAGCUCAGGGAUGAUGAAUGGCUUCAAUCACUCUAUCGAAAUCGUAAAAAGUGGGUUCCUGCUUAUAUGAGUGGUACCUUUUUAGCUGGAAUGUGUACUACUGAGCGUUCUGAGUAUAUAUCGUGUUUGUUGAAUAAAUACAUACAGAAGGAGACUAAGUUUAAGGAGUUUAUUGAUCAGUACAAAGUUUUUUUGCAUGAUAGGUGUGAAGAGGAAGCCAGAGCUGAUUUUGAAACACAUCACAACCCGCCUAUGUUAAAAUCUCUAUCUCCUUUUGAGAAACAGAUGUCAACAGUUUAUACACAUGCAAUAUUCAAGAAAUUUCAGGUUGAGGUUUUGGGAACAGUUGCUUGUAGUCUGCGAAAGGAAUGUGAAGAUGAGGCAGUUGUAACAUUUCGAGUUGAAGAUUUUAAAGAGCGGCAGAAUUUCAUUGUAGCAUGGAAUGAAGCAGACUUACGUAUCUGCUGUUCGUGUCGUUCAUUUGAAUAUAAAGGUUUUCUAUGUAGACAUACAAUGAUUGUUCUCCAAAUGUCUGGUGUCUCCAACAUCCCAUCUCACUAUAUACUACAGCGAUGGACGAAAGAUGCCAAGAUCAGGAAAUCCAAUAGUGAAAUAUCAAGCAGGCUUCAUUAUAGGGUCCAGCGUUUUAAUGAUCUUUGUAAACGAGCCAUUAAAUUGGGUGAAGAGGCGUCUUUGUCUCAGGAAACCUACGAUACUGUUAUCUGUGCACUACAAAAAGCCAUGGAACAUUGUGUGGGCGUGAACAAUUCUGUUAAAUGUGUUUUAGAGCCUAACAGUUUACUCUGCAUUGAAGAAGAGAAUCAAGGGAACAGUGUGGUCAAAACAUCUAAGAAAAAAAAAAUUUAUAAGAAGCGAAAGGUACAAUCUGAGACUGAAGUAAUAACUAGUGGAGUGCAAGACAGCAACCAGCAAAUGGGGCAGUUGAACUCUGGAGCACACAGCCUUGACAACACUUUUGUUCCUCAACAGGACGUUCCAGGGAUGGGACAAUUAAUCUCAUUAUCUUCGAUUCGUGAUGGCUAUUAUAGCAAUCAACAGGCAAUACAGGGGCUGGGACAAUUGAAUUCAAUUCCAAUGCGUGUUGGUCAUUAUGGCCCUCAACAAAGCCUGCAAGGACUGUUGCAGGGACAACUUGGUUUUAGAGCUGCAACGAUGCACGGGUGUUUCAACAUUCGAGACAGCUUGCAUGAUAUGGAACAGUCUGUGGCGGGUUCUAGACAGUUCCAGAACAUUGUGUCCAAACCUUUGCAAGAUAAACAUCUUCCUCCGUAGUUGCAUUGGGCUGCCUGCUUUUACUUUUUUAUGUUAAUAGAAAAGACAGAAAUUCAACAAAGCAUAUGAAUCUAAUAUAACUGGCCUAUUAGGGCUUUUGGUAGCAUAGGUACUCUCAAUUAAUAUGAGAAGCCUUCUCUUAAGGGUUAGUAGAUUUUAGCGCUCUCUAAUUUCUUCUUUUUAUUUUUAACUAUUUUUUCAAUUUACUUACCACAUUUUGUUCUCGCUGUGUAAGUGAUUGCAAUUUUAAACUGCAUUAGAUUCACUGUAGGCUGUGGCUCUGGUAGUACCUAGGUCUUAGGCAACCUAAAGCUUUUUUUGUAAUGUUCCAUAAGUGGUGAACUCGAAGGUCGUUUCAAGGAAGUCACAAAGGGUGGUUUGUGAAACAACUCUACUAGAAGCCUCGACAUUUGCUUUAGUGAUUAUUUAUUUACUUGUUAAUAUUACCCU